AUGUCUGAUUUUCGGUUUGAGAAAGAGCGAUCUUCUUUAAUCUAUUACUCAAUUCCUCUGAAAACACCGCUGAACUUGAAGCCGUCAUCUCCGACGGUUGCAACCACUGCCUUCACACAAAGAAGGAAAUCGAAAAUUGCCACCGCGAGGAACCAUAACAAAGUUCGAAGCUACACACAAAAAAUUUACAAUCCCCCGAAAACCCCCAAAAGAGUAAUGGAAGCCCUAGCGCAUCUCCUCUGUAUAGUGAUACAAGAGGACUCUGCUGGCUCAAAUGUUGCUGCUGACUUGACCAACCGGCAACAAUCGUUCCAUGACCAAUGCAUGAUUCCCAUGACAAAUGUGGUUCGAAUCAUGCGCCGAACCCUACCGGCCAAUGCAAAGAUCUCAGACGAAGCCAAAGUGAUUGUUCAAGAAUGCUUAUCCGAAUUCAUUAGCUUCGUGACAAACGAGGCUAAUGAGAGGUGCCAUCGUGAGUGUCGUAAGACCAUCUCCUCCGAGGAUCUGCUCUCGGCCAUGGGCUCCCUAGGGUUCGAUGCGUAUGUCGAGCCUCUGGCCGCCUACAUGGACCGAUACAGGGCCCAGAACCCAGAGCGUGGGCCCGCCUACCGUCGUGGCCCAUACACCGGGCAUGGGCUCCACAGGCCCACUGAAUCUGGACCACCAACUCCAGUGCUUGGGCCACCACCUCCGCAAAUGGGUGGUGGAGAGAGCUCCUUGGGCGGCGAGUUUGAUCCAUUUUGGGGAGAUGUUUAA